AUGGGGAAGACACUCAGUAAUAGUCUGAAAUGGCUACUCUCUUCUCUAGUAAUCUCGCAGGCUCAGGCUUUCUAUAUUCCUGGCUGGUCAGUGAGAAGCUAUAAAGAAAACGAGCAUAUCCCCUUACUCGUCAACAAAGUGUAUUCCGAUAAUACACAGCUACAGUAUGCUUAUUACGACCUUCCGUUCGUAUGCCCGCCCACGGGUAAAAGCCACGGUCCUGGUUUAUUGAGCGGGCAAAGCAUCUCUCUGAACCUUGGAGAAGUCCUCCGUGGUGACAGAAUCAUGACUUCCGAUAUCGAUCUCACCAUGGGGCAAGACAAUGAAUGUAGUUUUCUCUGUAAUCGGGAAGUUACCAGGAAAGAUCUAAGAAGAGCUAAGGAGCUAGUCAAAGAGGGAUACGUAGUCGAGUGGAUCGUGGACAAUCUACCGGGAGCCACCAGUUUCGUCACAGUCGACAAGUCGCGCAAGUAUUACGCAGCUGGCUUCAAGCUUGGUUUCACGGAUUAUUCAUCGAGCACGGGCAAGCCUCGGUACUUCUUGAACAAUCAUCAUACCAUCGUUAUCCGGUACAGAACAGCGCCGGGUCGAGCCGGCGAGAAAGGUGGUAAAGUAGUAGUUGGCUUUGAAGUCUAUACCAAGAGCGUUGGUGCGAAUGUCAAGCGAGAAAACGGAUGUCCUGCGGACCUACACGAUGUUGAGGAUCACUUCGAGCUGUAUAUGGCUCCGAACAAGACCACUGAGUUCCAAUCGCAGUAUGCGCACUCAUCCUACUACCCCGAGGCUAUUGAGGAAGGCGAUGAUGACGACACUAUCACCGUCCCAUACUCUUACUCGGUGUAUUUCCGUGAAGAUGAGUCGAUCGAGUGGAACCGCCGUUGGGAUCUGUACUUCGUCAACUCGGAGGAGGGCUCCAGAAUCCACUGGCUAGCCAUUAUCAACUCCUUGAUCAUUUGUGGCCUUCUUACCGGUAUUGUCCUCAUGAUCUUGGCUAAGACGAUUAGAUCCGAUAUCAAAGGAUAUAAGGAAGGCUCCAUUGAGGACGGUAAACUGCGAGUCAAGCGCAAGGGGAACCGUACUCCCAAGUCAGAGAAGGCCGGGUUCGGCCUUCUUGAGAAAGAAGGAGAACCUGAGAAGGAAAUUGACAUUUCAUCCGAGGAUGAGGCUCUGGAAGAUGUCACGGGAUGGAAGCUGCUGCAUGCAGAUGUUUUCAGGAAACCUGAAUACGGAUAUCUACUCGCCCCUCUCGUUGGAUCCGGCAUGCAGCUUCUAUUCAUGGCCGUCGGUUUGAUUCUGCUGAGUGCCAUCGGUGUCCUGAACCCCAGCUUCCGAGGAGGUUUCAUCAGCGCUGGCAUCGGUCUGUUCGUCUUCGCGGGCGUCUUCUCCGGCUAUUUCUCCGCUAGGGUAUACAAGACAUUCGACGGUAAGAACUAUGUCAAGAACGCGCUGGUUACGGCAUGCCUCUUCCCCGGUCUUCUCUUUGGACUGAUCUUCAUCUUGAACCUUUUUGUCUGGGCUCAAGCCUCUAGCACUGCCAUACCGUUUGGAACAUUGAUAGCAAUUGUUCUUCUAUGGCUUUGCAUCCAGGUUCCAUUGGUCUAUCUGGGGUCUUGGUAUGGGUUUGUCCGUACGGGCGCUUGGGAACAUCCUACAAAGACGGCCAGCAUCCCUCGGCAGGUUCCAAAUCAAGCAUGGUAUUCCAAGAAAUUGCAGUCGGUUUUCCUUGCUGGUUUGGUUCCAUUCGCUGUCAUCUUCAUCGAGCUUCUUUUCGUUUUCCAGUCGCUGUGGCAGGAUAAGAGCGGCUAUUACUACGUCUUCGGCUUCUUGGCGGUGGUGUCUAUGAUCCUAAUCCUCACUAUCGCCGAGGUGACGGUCGUGACCAUCUAUGUACAGCUAUGCUCCGAAAACUACCACUGGUGGUGGCAGUCUUUCCUCGUGGGUGGCGGGAGCGCUAUAUGGGUGUUCCUAUAUUGCGUCUGGUACUACUUCGCCAACCUACACAUAUCGGGCUUUGUAAGCUCCUUGCUAUUCUUCGUCUACAGCUUCAUGGCUUGCUGCGUGUACGGGCUUCUGACCGGUACCGUGGGGUUCCUGACGGCUUACGCUUUUGUCAGGAGGAUAUAUGGUGCUAUUAAAGCGGACUAA